AUGAAUAACAAUAAUAAUAAUAAUUCAUUUUAUCAACAACAAAAUAGAAAUAAUAAUAAUAGUAAUAGUAAUAAUAAUAAUAAUAAUAAUAAUAAUAAUAAUAAUAAUAAUACAAACUCUUAUAGUUUUAUAAAUAGUAAUUGGAGUUCUCCAGUUGAUGAAAAUGAGAGUGAAAAUAAUAUGUUUUCUUAA